UAUACUAUGCGCGUUCGCAGAAAGCAUCGGCACGCUCUGGGAUACGGAAGAAAAACAUUUCUUCAGAAAGAAGAAUGUCCAAAUGGAUUUAUUGUACCUUUGCUAUUCUUCUAGUUGCUCUGGGGAUGAUCUUCAUACAGUAUCCUGCAUUUGCUGAUACUACAGUCGGAAGAACUUCGGUAUAUAGGAAGCGGAGAUUCUUGUUUGGAUGGGGUUUUGCGGGAUCUCAUUGUGGGGGCCCUGGCGACUGUCCCCCGCAUCACUGCAGCAGGGAUGAAGCUGUCAUCCUUGGCUACUGCUGCGGCUGUGGCAGGUACUCAGACCGUGUGCCUAUAAGCUGCCCAGGCCACCUGCAGUGCCCACUGAGCCCAGAACCUCUGUGCUCGGACUACAAUUACAUGAUGGACUGCUGUUGCUAGCGCCAUCUAUGAGCCGAUUGCCUACAUAAUGUGGGACCCUCAAUGUCUCACAACCCUAUGGGCCUCCACGGCCUGUUACAGGGAUAGCUUUACUUUACUUUUACUUUUUACAGUUGUUGCUAGGAGGCUUCUUGUUGUCACCAGCAUGAGCGAUGGAGCAAUCAUAGAACUUUACUGGGGUUUAGUUCCUUGAGGAUGGAGACUAUGCAUAAUAACGUAACUUAAAAUGUGAGAUGAAGCUUAAAAUUAUUUCCAGUGGGCAACCCAUGUAUUUUCAGGCAAUAAAACAUGGCAGAUCAAUCGAUCGGUACACAGAUACACUGACUUUUAAACCAUCAUGGAAUGAUCACUUACAGUAUGUGUUGGAUUGCGUAACUAUUU